CCUCUGGUUCCCACGGCAACCGGCAUGUUGCAUACUUGCAUGUCUUGAAUGGUUGUGAAAUUUUAAUCAUUCCGAGGUCAACACUGUUAAGGCUUGCCUGGAAUUAACCACAAGCAUGUCAUACUGGCAGCAGUACCCACCGCCACCUCCUGUCGUACAUCCUCAGGCUGCAUCCGUUCCACCUCCAAGCACUGGCACAUGGCCUGCCAACUUCCAGCCAUCCCAGCCAUCAUACAACUAUGCCGCACCCUUCCAGCAGCAGCCCAGUCCGUUCUGUGCCAUUCAGCCCAAUACCUUCAGUCAGGCAUCUCAUCAAGGUCCUCCUCCUGCUCUUCUGCCUUGGAGCCAACCACUCCCAAUGCAGUCUCCACAAAACAUCCAGCCAAGUGGUUGGCCAGGAGCACUGUGGGGUCAAUCCACACAGCAGAAUGCACCCCACAAGCAAACACCUUGUUCGAGUAAACCACCAGAUAAUACAGGUCCUGACGAAGGAAAGGAAAAUGCUCUUUUACAAAUUGUUCCUGACUGGAUGAAAGAGAAGAUUAAGAGACACGAGGAGGAGAAAAGUGCCAAUGUGGUGCAAACAGUUUCGACGGCAACUAAAACUGUUGAUGUUCUACGAGAUGCACUCUUGGCAGUCGACAAUUUGAAGGAGCUCAGGGGUAGAGCAAAACUGUGUAUCAGCAGUGAUGAUGCCCAGUGGACAUUGCUGAUGAAAGAAAUAAAAUCUUCUCAGGAGACAGUGAAGGCACUUUGUGAAGAGCUAUCAAAAGAAAACGUACUUGCAGACCUUAAAGGAUAUGCAAGGAAGCAAAACAAGAAGAGGGAACGUUGCAGACGUCAAGUCGCACAACGUAAGCGCGAGAAGGAAGAGGCUGAAGAACAUGCCGCGCAGCAAGAAGCCCGAAUAAAUGCUUACCGCCAGAGAAUAUUGGACAAGGCUCUUCAAGAAAAACAGGAGGCUGAAAUGAGAGAAGAAGUGGACUCAGUUUUGAGUGAAAUUCGUUUUAAAAUCAGUCGCACACGAGAAUAUCUCGAAAAGCUCUCUGCCCUUGAGCAACUGCGUGAUGCAAGAAAAGAUUCAUACAGAAGAAAAGGUCUGUAUGUCGCACCUGAAGCGGAUGAAAGGUUCACGACAGAAAUGGCAUCAGUAAGGUCUCUGCUGGAGAGCCAGCUUGUCAGCUAUCAGAAAGAAGAGACCGCUUUGAAAGUGAUGCUUGAAAGUGAACAGAAAGAGCAGUACCAGACAAAGAAGAUACAACUCAAACAGGACACCAUACUCGAAUGCCUCUUUGGCAGCCAAGACGUGGACCACAUUCUUUACCCAUUCUACACAUACUUCUGCUCACCAAUGACUAGCAUCGAAGCAUUUAUGUCUAACAGGGAAGCAUGGGAUAGGUGCAUUGUGCCUCAAAGCUAUCCUCAGGGUGAAUCAGUACCAGUUCAGUGGGUCAAGCCUGAGCAGCCGUCAUCGCAGAUGUGGGCAGAAUACUGCAGCCAUUGAAACGAAAUGAGGCACAAAAACUUAUAACAGAGAAUUACCGUAGUUCAACAUACUGCAAUGGGUGAUGCCUCUCGUUGAUAUUGGAUGAAUGUGCACUUUCUAUCUACCCAACGUCUUUAAAAGUGACUGAAUGCUGAAAACACUCGAAUAUAUGCAGCAGUUUUGCUAAUACAUCAUGUUCGAAGAAUUUUUGCUGGUUAUUUUGAUUUCUGCAGAUACUAAUGGGUUUUGUUCUUUUGUAGUGGUCAAAGUUUGAACACAUUGGUGACAUACUUUUUCUGUACACGUCACCCCAGAUGUGCAUCAUAUUCAAAGGAACUUCAUAAAUCGCAAGUAUAGAAGCAAAAGCCUAAGGCCUAAGACAGCCGAUAUUUCAAACGGGGGAUUGUCGCUGUACUGUUCCAGCGGAAGCACAGUCUUCUGUUUGAAAUAUCAACAGCCUCUAAUCUGACAAAAGUUUUUGAGACUUCGUGUUGUGUCUGUCCCUUCGUGUUCCCUAGUCUCGGGGUUUUACAUUAUGCAUCAUCUUCACCAGCUCGCUUGCUUCCUAGCCAUUUUUUCAUACUCUAAUCUGAGGCACGCUGGCCACUUGCUCCACUAACAAAGUUGUCUUCGUUGUCGAACAUGUCACACAACUAUGAUCAUGUUACGACAAUGUCACACAGCUGAAGGGUGGUGACCGUGGCAUGGAAUUCCAGGAUGUACAAGAUGGCAGCACAGGUAAUCAUAGAGGCGUAAAUGAUGUCUUGCAGCCACUUGAAAGAGGCUAGUUUCUGCACCAGAUGUUCCAAAAGGUCAAAGCAUGCGAGAUGGGCAUCUUGUUUGCCAUUCCCAGCAAGUAUAGAACUGUGCAUGUGGAGUGGGAUGUGAUGUUUAUGUGGUAAAAAGGGACACCGGCAUGCACAACAGUUAAAACAAUUUAAAAUGACGUUUUGGAGUUCAUAUGGAUUACAUCGUCAGAAAAAAGACGUGCCAGCGCCUGCUCUAAACUACGUAUUUAAGUAUCAAAGGGACCUAGCAUUCAGGAAGUGGCCCGCGCUGUUUGUUAAUAGCCCCUUCCGUUUUUUUAAAUAUAGUAAUUGUUUCCGUACGCCCCAGCACUUCUCCCUGGCUAAGAUAGGUGGCUUAUCUAGGCCCACGGUGUGUCCUGUAGUCCGGGCGUGUUCCCAAAGUUCGGAUUGUUUCUUCUUUGCUGUUUCAGUAUCUCUUCGGUGUUUGUUCAUGCGUAUACGCAUCUUCCUACCAGUUUCACCACCACAUGUUGCCGAGCAGUCACAACAGAAUACCUUAUAUAUACAAUACCGCGUUAUUCACCCACAUAUGUCUCAUCCUUGGGGUGACAUAGCAAUUGUCUCAUGGUUCUCGUAGGAUUAAAAGCUGUUCAUAUAAUCCUA